CCGAAAGAAAACCAACAAACGGGAAGGAGGAAAAAUUAAAGGGCCAAACAAACCCGGCCACGGAACCGGCUUACAAAAGGGAAAAGUCCCCGAGAGCCCCUUCGCGGAAGGGGCUCUCUUUUUCCCCUUCUUUUCUUCCCUUUUUCUCCCAGCAGCUCCGAGCGGACAACAGUGCGGGAAGGCAUCAAAUGAAAGGACCGAACAUCACCGGGAAGCAGCAGACAACACGAUCGAAAUCAGGGCCUACCAACAGCAGCUGUGCUGUCCGGGAAAUUUUCAUCCACGUGCGGAAAAAUUCUGCACAUCAUUUCAUCCGGAUCGCCGAGAACGACCGGAUCAUCGAAUCCUCAUCAGCAACAACUGGACCGUCAUCCGAAGAGUCGGUGGCCACCACCGAGCCACGGUCAUUUCACACAGUUCCACGGAGAUCAUCGAUGGUGUCAGCCACGACAUCUGGUGGCUGGUGUCGGUACUAUUCGACACUCAAGGCAGCAACAGCGACGGACGGUCGUUUGCUCCGCGAGCCACCGGGGUGUGUUAGCCGGUUCCCGGAGGCGCAUUGCCUGGUGGUGAGCGCGAAAUCAGGUCAGCCGAUGACGAUCAUAAGCAGCAAAAUUCUGGAAGGCUCCGCGGCGGUGAGCAAUUCAUCGAGAGGAAUGACGAACAACGAAAAGCAAUGUAUGUAAGUCAAAAAUGUUAAAUUAUCCUUGCUCAUAUCCACCCACAAUGAUUCCGCGACAAUGGGCCGCCUGAACAAAAAUAAAUUAAUUGUUUGAUGCAAAGUUAGAAAAUGAAUACAAAAGUUUCGUCUUUUUUAUCUUUUGGAAACAGCUAUUGAGUUUCCUUUUGGGCUCCAUUUAACGAGCUAGCCGGAGCCUGGCAAAGAGGAAGAAACAACUCUCUUCUUCUUCUUGC